AUAAAUAUUUUUAUUAUAAGUUUGAAUUUUUGAAAAUAAGUACCUUUUCUAUUUAUUAAAAUUUUUAUUUUAUUUAUUCAACUUAAAUUAAAGUUAUAUAUUUUUUGUUUACUUAUAACUAUUAAUUCAUUGUUUAGAGUUUAGAAAUAAAAUAUUAAUGAUAUUAUUACAGUGUGUAUCUAUUGUGCUUAUGGCUAGGUAGCUUAUAUAUAGUUUAUUAUUAGGUAUCUUCUACUGUUGUAAUCUAUUUGCCUGUAACAUUUUUAAAAUACAUCAUCAUGUCAAUUCCAACUGAUUUGCAAGACCAACAGAGGUAUCAAACACCAAAUUCUGAUCAACAACAUAUGCAAAAAAAUGUUCUCCCAACAUUUGAUCCUGAGUUUAUUACUCCGUUAUAUGAUAUAAAUGAUUUGUAUCAAAAUGCUCAAUGUUUUAAAAAAAAUCCUGAACUUGGCAAUAAAAAAAAAAAACAAAAAUCAAAGAAAAAUAACAAAUUUCAAAUAACUACACAAUUUUUAUUUGGAGAACACAUGCCACCAUAUUAUUCAGUAUUAAAUCAUACACUAAUGAAUAAAUUGAUAAUGCACUUAAAAAAUCCUAAUGCUCCUACUGCUAAAGUAUUUAGGAUGUAUAAAGAAAUUAUUGAUCAUGAGCGAGAAAUUUUCGAGGAUUGGCUUUCAAACCUUUGGGAAGAAAAUUUAAAAAAUCGUCGUUUGAAUUCUAUACCGUUCAUUGAGAAAUAUAUUGAAUCUGCUUGUAAUUUUUCAAAUGAUUAUAUUAAAUCACACUACGGUGGUACAUAUAGUUCAAAAAUGAAGAUCGACUAUAAUAUAAGAGAUGAAGUUGAUACGGUUGAAAUGAAAUAUUGUAAAAGACUACAGUCCGCUGAAAUAAAUUCAAUUACUCUUCCUUUAGUAACUGAUAUUGAAAAUCUAGAAACAAAAGUUUCUUUUAUAGAUGGUGUGUUUGAUCCACCACAAAAAAAUCCUUUUAUAGAAGAUGAAUGUUGUCGUAAACUGUCAAAAGAACACAGUAUUAAUGUUAAUAUAUGCUUAAGUAGUAUGAAAAAUAUAAUGAAUCUAGAAAAAUCCAAUAGUUUAUGGAUUAUUCCUGUCAAUAUAGAUAUUGACACUGAUGAGAGUAAAACAAUUUACAUUGGAGGAGCAUUAUGCACAGGACAUUUCUCUCAACAAGAAAAAAGUUGGUACUAUCUAAGAAAAGAACUGAAAAAAAAAUUUAGAAAACCUUUACCUAACAAAACUGUUCAAAACAACUGUAAUAAUUACAACUAUGAUAAAUGGAUGUUAAAUGUUAAUAAUACUGAUGGAAUUGAAAAAACGUUCAAUAUACUUGUAAGAAAUAAACCUCAUGGUAUACAACAACAAUUCAAACCACAUAAUACUCCAAUUGUAAUAAUACCAAAAAUUGAGUAUCAACCAGAAUUUGGCUUUGAAAAAGUCAGCGAAGAACAGCUUAUUGAAUAUUGGUUGGAUACAAACUUCAGAUGUCCCAAAACCAAAUUAGCAUUAGUCUCAGUUCAGCAUAAUAUGGAUCUCAUGCAAGUAAAAUAUACAAUGGAAGAGACAGAGAGUUUAAAUUCAAAUGGUAAAGAUCAAAAGUAUCUACAAAGAUUGUAUUUAACUCUAGACAAACUCACACAAUUAGGCAAAGGAGAAUAUGUAUUGCUUCACAAUCCUAAAAAACCAUUCCACGUUGAUCUCUACCAGACAUCAGUGUAUGGUGGUUUCAAUUUAUUGAACAUGUAUUUUGUUCUACAACAGGCUGAAGUUUCUGAUUCAUUGGUUUGGAAUCCUAUAGACUCGGGAGUAUUAUGUCCAAUUCAUAAUUACUUUAAUAUUGCACCAUGUAUGUUCAGGCCAAAUCCUGAAAAUCUAGAUAUCCAAAAGAUAACUCAACAAGUAGAUAAGUUCAAUACAGAUAGAAAAGCCAAAGAGGAUUAUGAAAAUGCACAACUUCAAAGAAAAAAGAAGAUAAAAAUGGAAAAAAAUAAAAUCAAAAGAAAAUUAAAAAGAGAAAAUGAUAUUUUAUAUAAAGUCAAAAGUGAUAUUCAGUAAUUAUAUACAUUAUGGUAAUUCAUUGACACAAGAACAAUUGGAACUUAAUUUUGAUGAUAAUUAAAAGAUUGUAACCUCAGUAAUUUAAAAACAAAUAUAUUUUUCAUUGUUUAUUUUGUGUAA